AUGAUAUAUUCCAUUAGUUCAUAUAGAAAAAAAUGGUUUGAAUAUACACCAGAUAAAAUUGUCAAUUCUUCAAGUGAUCUUGUUCAAUCCAAUCGAUUGAUCCUUAUAUGUAUUUCUUAUCAAUUUGAUGAAUUAAUAAAUUUUAAAAUCAAACGUGUUUUAACUAUAGUACAAAUUUAUUAUUUAGAAAUUCUAGAAAAAGAUAUUUGUAUUGACCAAUUAAUCCAGAUUAUAAAUUCAUUACCAGAUCUUAAUUCAAUAAAGAUUCAUGCAUUAUUAUUAGCUCAAUCAACAGAUUUAUGCGGAGCAAAAGUUGAUAUUCAUAGCUCAACAAACCGUACAAAUAAAAUUACAAAAGUUUAUCUUAAAAACUAUGACUGA